AUGACAAGCAACAGCGUCCUGAGACCGACGUAUAGUUCCGGAGAUAUUGAUGACGCUACUCCGCUGCCUGACAACAGGCCGGCGGAGCCGCACACCACUAACGCUACGCUCGUGACACCUAGAGGAACGCAAGUGCAGCCCAACUAUAGCAACUUCGAAGAGUCAUCAUCUCAGCCUGCAGCUAGCUCUCUGACUACAGCAAGAAGUCUACUGGAUGAAGCGGUAGCACAUCUACUAGCAGUGGACUCAGGCUUAGGACCUGUGAUUGACCAGCAUCAUUGCCACGUAUUCAGCCCUUCUGGGCUUGCCGAGUCCAUCGACCCUUUUCGCUCAUUAGCAUCGGGCAUCAUGGCUCAGCAAGUAUCAGGUGCUGCAGCAAAGAGCAUCAAAAACAAAUUCGUUGCUCUGUUUCCGCCUGAAUCCUGCCCCAGCGGCUUUCCGUCUCCAGCACUCGUUGCAGAAACCGGCAUUCCAAGGCUGAGGGAAGCGGGACUGAGCCAGCGGAAAGCUGAGUAUAUUCAAGGUCUUGCUGCAAAAUUCACGAACGGCGAGCUUACUAUUCCAAUGCUCAUGAACGGCUCCGACGAGGAAGUUAUGGAGAAGCUAGUCGCCGUCCGCGGGCUAGGAAUAUGGAGCGUAGAAAUGUUCAUGUGCUUCGGGCUGAAACGCAUGGAUGUCUUUAGUACUGGCGAUCUGGGUGUCCAGAGGGGCAUGGCAGCGUACAAGGGACGAGAUGUGGCGAAGUUGAAGGCUAAAGGCGGUAAAUGGAAGUAUAUGAGCGAAAAAGAGAUGCUCGAGGUUGCUGAGCCAUUCCGGCCUUAUAGAAGUCUCUUCAUGUGGUAUAUGUGGCGCAUAGAAGACGUUGACGUCGCCGCCAUACAGGAUAAUGCAUGA